AUGGCGGAGAACCUGGCAUCAGACGAUAGUUCUGAGGACGAAAAUGUUAUGUUUACCAGUGAAUCCGCCACAACAGAUCUUAUAAUCGUAGUCGAGGAUAAGAAGAUCUUUGUUGAACGGAUUGUCCUGGCGUUAUCGUCGCCUGUUUUCUGCCGCAUGUUUCAUUCAGAUUUCAAGGAGAAGUCUGCACAGGAGAUCCCUCUCCCGGGCAAGAAAUACAGAGACUUUGUGGAAUUUCUUCUGUGUAUCUACCCCUCGACGAUGAAACAGAUCGACAAGGACAACGUGGAUGUCGUCUUGUCCUUAGCAGACGAGUACCAAAUGGAACAACUGAAGAAACGUUGCGAGACGUACCUGUUAUGCCGAUGCGAGAAAAACAACCCUUCGAACAGCGAUCUCGCUCAUAUACUCUACCUAUCCGAUCGGUACUGUUUGAGAAAGGCGUUUGAUAAAUUUGCAAGCAUGGCAGUUUACAGGCCAACAUACGUAAUGAAGUCCUACUCUGACUUCAAUUCGCUGAGCGGAGAUGCUAAGGCCGAUAUUUUGUUCCGACGCCUGGAACUGAUAGAACGCCCUUCAAGAGAAAUUCUUCGACAUCUACCCGGAUUAAUCACGGCCAUCCAGAACAGCUCGCUCGACUGUGGACGGAAUCACAAAGAGCGGGUGGCAAGCGGCAGGUGCUUGGAAUGCAUCACCUCCAUCCUGAACGUCAACAGCAUCGAGUGUUUGCGACAGCUUCGACAAUGUAAAUCCCUCACCGAUAAACUGGUAUCUGCUUUCAAGGACGAUAAUACGUAUGUUGUCAAGAAGAAGGUAGCGAUUGCUGACAUGCCGAAUGUGUAUCGACCUCUCUAAUCAGCAUGAUAAUAAUCACAAUGGCUCGUGUUGUUCCAUGAGGUCAUCUUGAUUAUGGAUUCUGUGCAAAACGAGCUUGUCUGGGAGCGUGAGAGACAAUUGCUGUUGCACCAUUGCUAUCGAUUUCUGAAAGAAGGUUUAUAUGUGUCAGUGUGUAAAGGUGUAUGUUAUUUCACUAUUGUCCGAGAUGCAGUUCAACAAAUGGUGGUGUGCAAGUGACAAAUGGCUACCUUAUAAAACCGAACUGCGUGAGCACAUGCACAUGGUAUUCCGAUUGAAGGACGCUCUCUUUCAGCGAUGCAGCUGGUGGAGACGUGUAGUUGUGUGGCUGUUUUUGUUUUGAAAAUCAGUGGUUGGCAACUUACGUGCAGGUCGGGAAACGAUAAAUUGUGUUUGCUGACGUUAGCAGGGGAGUUUCAAGAACUAUAUACACUCUUUUACAUUAGAAACGUCACCUCCUGGUAUCGCCAUGGUCAUGUGCAGGGUUUGUCAGCACUUGGCCCUUGUUUGUUGGUUUGUGGCAAAGCUGUCAAUCACAGACCAAAUCCUGUGAACAACGUAAGAUGAAAAGACAUGUCCUGUGACGGUAGUGUUUACUAAUGUAGGAAAUUACCCAAUCAGUGUGACUCAGUUUUAAAAAAUGCAGAAAAUUACCCAAUCGGUGUGACUCAUUUUU